CUCCUGCGAACAUUGAGGUCUAGUGAUUCCAUAACAACUUGUUUGUAUAAAGACAAGCGGGUUUUGUGUGCGUAUUCAUCACAUUAGCCAAUCUUCCUUCUGGCUGUAGCUUAUUGUCUAGGACGGAAAAAGCGAAACCAUCCUAACGAGUGCCGCAGCAUAACCGGGAAAAGCGAAGGUUCUAAAAAUAGCACAUUUUUAAGUGUGCGGGGUGCUUAAUUUAUGCUCCCCUGCUGUGGGUAGACCGUGCUGACUGCCUGCGUGAUCAUUGCAUCAAAACACUCUGGAGUAGCGGUCAUCGAAGCUAAUCGUACGAACAACAACACUGCCUCACGAUGACGACGGAUCUUGCAACCAAGUACAACAUCAUCGACGAAAAGCCACCCUUUAAUGCACCGCUAAAGGGCCAAUACAAGCAAGGGUUCGGUUUCUACACUAUGCGCGAACGAUUGCCCAUCAUUUUGACGCAGGUCAUCGAUCAGCUGUCGAAGGACAAGGAACAGAUUGUGGAAAACUUCGGUGGAGAAACGGCCCGCGAAGAGCUGAAGGCCGCGAUUGGGGAAAUAUCUAAGCUGAAGUAUGAACUGCAGACGGAUAAAGAUUUCCGCCCGAUUCGUACCGCCGUAGGGGACGAAACGGUCUGGAACGCCUUCAUCGAGGAUCUUGGGCAGGAUAAUUCUUACUUCUCAGCCUGCUGGCUGUAUGCGGAAACUUACAUGUACCGGCGAUUGAAUAACAUAUUCGAAAACACCACAACCCUUCAAAAGUUGGACUACUUUCAGCAGCAAAAGCAUAAAGCACUCACCAAUUCGUACGAUGCGAUGGUUGCCGUACUGCGCUCAAUAGAAACCUUCAAUGAAGAACCUAAAACGACAGAAGAAAUUGGUUCGUUCUUUCGUAAGCUGUUAAAAUUAAAUCUUUGGGGCAAUCGAUGCGAUCUCUCAAUCAGUGCUGGACAGGAUGUGAAACAGGAUGGUGAUCCGUUCAGCUUGCUGGACUCACUGGAAGCGUGUAUCGUUAGCGAUCACACCCAGGACAUUUGGCAUUGCAUCGCAACCGGACCCGCUGCCGGCAUCGUGGAGAUCAUCAACGAUAACUCCGGCUAUGAGCUGUUCACCGAUCUGUGUCUGGCCGACUUUAUCGUACAUCACAAACUCGCACCAAAGGUGUGCUUCAACGUGAAAGCCAUUCCGUGGUACAUUUCCGACGUUACACCGAAGGACAUGCAGUGGACGCUCGAUACGCUUGCCACCCAUGACACUCAGCCCCUGCUGGCACAGUUCGGUACGCGCCUAAAACGUCACUUUGCGUCCGGUGCGCUCGAGAUGCGCCCGGUGGAUAAUUUCUGGACGUCGCCGUACGAGUUUUAUCGCAUGCGCGCCAUCGCACCGGCACUGUACGACACACUGUCCCAGGCCAAGCUGCUCGUGUUCAAGGGUGAUCUAAACUAUCGCAAAUUGUUGGGCGAUUUUAAUUUCCCGUACAGCACACCGUUCAUGGAGGCGUUGCGGGGUUUCUUGCCAACGAAUCUGUGCACGUUACGCACCGUUAAGGCGGAUCUGAUCUGUGGGUUACCGGAAGGUAUGGCCGAUGAGUUGACGCGCAAGGACGCUUCCUGGAUGGUAACUGGAGAGUACGGUGUAUUACAAUUUGCCGGCAAAUGAUCGUGUGCAAGUGUGCGCAUGUAAUGGUUUAAUUUUUGUUUAUUGACCGUUUUUGGUUUGGUUAUGUGGUUGUUUACUAAUAAAGUAUCUUAUGUUACCA